GUAGAGCUACGGAAACAGUGCUUUCAAAUCUCAAAACGCGGUGAAAGGAGUUUCAAGUUAAAGGAGUCAUCCGAAAACAACAGCAACGAGGAUGGUGGAGACAAUAUCAGUCAAGUCUUGGAUUCUCCAACCUUGGACGAAGCUUCCAGUGCCGCCAGCAGACCUUCCGUUUCAGCGGAGCUAGUGGAGGAGGAGGAAGAGCACGACGGCGGCGUAAUCACCAAUGAAGAUAUUUCCGACGAAGCCGAAACAGGUUCCUCCGAAGAUUCCGAUUCCUCAGAAGAUUCCUCCGAGGACACAAAACCCCUCCUCGGCUCAACCGAAACAGAAGACAACAACAACAACCCCUAUGACCGCUCCGACUCCACUCUCAAGAAGCCCGAAACGGGGACCACAUCAUGCAAGUCUGAAAACUUCGCCACGUGGCAGCGUAUUAUUCGUCUAGACGCUGUGCGCGCGAACUCCGAGUGGAUUGUCUACUCCCCAUCUCAAGCUGCAGUAUCCGAAGCCAAAGCACAACAAUUAGCAGAGAGCGUUGGACUAAAAGAUUUCGACCAUCUCGAGCCUUGUAGAAUUUACCAUGCUGCCCGCCUAGUAGCUAUACUAGAAGCUUAUGCUUUGUACGAUACCGAAAUUGGCUAUUGCCAGGGCAUGAGCGAUUUGCUAUCUCCAAUCAUUUCGGUUAUCGAGGAAGACCACGUAGCCUUUUGGUGCUUUGUGGGGUUUAUGCGAAAGGCGAGGCAUAAUUUCCGUCUCGAUGAGGUGGGAAUAAGGAGGCAGCUGAAUAUAGUGUCGAAGAUUAUAAAGGGGAAAGACUCGCAUCUGUACAAGCACUUGGAGAAGCUGCAGGCGGAGGAUUGCUUCUUUGUGUACAGGAUGGUGGUGGUUCUGUUCAGGAGGGACUUGGACUUCGAUCAGACGCUUUGCCUUUGCGAGGUGAUCUGGGCUGACCAGGCGGCAAUACGGACGGGGAUUGUGAGAUCCGCGUGGCGACGGAUGAGGCUGAGGGCCCCACCGACGGACGAUUUGUUGCUUUACGCUAUAGCUGCUUGUGUGCUGCAGAGGAGGAAGAUGAUUAUAGAGAAUUAUAGCAGCAUGGAUGAGAUUAUGAGGGAGUGUAAUAGUAUGGCCGGUUGUUUGGAUGUGUGGAAGCUUCUAGACGAUGCCCAUGAUUUGGUGGUCACCCUACACGACAAGAUUUGAUUUUCGGAAAAUCCCUCUUUUAUUUUUUUUAUUUAAUUUAAUUGUCCUAGAAUUUUUUUUUUUAUUUUGCUUGCUCUGUUGUUACUUUCUAAUUUAAAGAACAAAAAAACAUGACAGGCAAACUUGUGUGUUUUAAGUUAAUUUGUGGGAUUUACACUUUGUAUUGGCCGCUCUGAGGACACACCCCCUAGUGAAGUGGCAAACCCUGCUUAUAUAUUAACAAAGUUGUUUUUAAGGCAAGGUUUAUUUUGAAUGUAUUUCUUGACAUGUACUGUGAAUUGUUUAUCUGCAUAUUAUUCAUGUUUUUUAAA